AUGGUCUUCACCCAGCAGGAUGUCGUCAAUUUGCGGGCGUCACUCCAGGACGCUGUUGUCAAAUGCUCAGAGAGAUGCCUAUACCAGUCGGCAAAGUGGGCUGCUGAGUUGCUCGAUGUGCUCCCAGAGACAACCUUGGAGGAUGAUGGGGUCAAGCUAGAAAGCACCCCCAGGGGCUAUGUGCCUGCUAUUCUGACUCCCAACCCUGAUGAGAAGGAGGCCCAGCUCGAGGCCCGUGAGUUCAACAAGUAUCUGCUCGCCAAGUCAUUCUUCGACUGUCGAGAAUUUGACCGAUGCACGGCCGUCUUCCUGCCUGAUUCCCUCCUCUCCAGUGUCUUGUCCCCCAAGGGCGACGACUCACCACUCAGUUCCCAACUGAAAUCAACCAAGGGCAAAGAGUCCUUGGUCCCAAGUCACACUAUAUUUCAGCCAAGAGCCAGCAUCCUGCCCGAGUUGAGCCAGAAGAGCCUAUUCUUGGCCCUCUAUGCAAAGAUGCUUUCAGGGGAGAAGAGGAAGGAUGAGGACUCGGAGAUGGUCAUGGGCCCUCAGGACAUUGGCUCCGUAGGCAAUAAGCAGCUUCCUGUCGUGGGCCGCUAUCUCCAAACCUGGUUCGACGAGCGAGGCGAGGAUCAGUCUGCCGAGGGUAGCCAAGGCUGGCUGGAGUAUCUGUAUGGUAUGGUCCUGGCUAAGGAGAAGAACACGGACGAGGCGAUGGCGUGGUUCCUGAAAAGCGUCCAUUUGUUCCCCAUGAACUGGGGCUGUUGGCUCGAGAUGACUUCUGCCAUCACCAGGGUCGAAAUGCUCAACAAGAUUGUACCACGCUUACCACAACACAUUGUUUCUUACAUGUUUCACAUCCAUACAUCCCUGGAGCUCUACCAACCGACAAAUGAGCUUUCGACAGCUUUGGACUCGCUUCUGAGCAUCUUCCCAGACUCUCCAUUCCUGCUCACGUGCUCAGCCCUCUUGUCUUACCACACCAAAGAACUCAAAGAUGCCUCUACACGAUUCAGCCACCUACUGUCUCUCCACCCCCACCGCCUAGACAGUCUCGACAUAUACUCCAACAUCCUCUACGUGCUCAACGAACGACCCAAGCUGGCUUUUCUGGCUCACCUUUGCUCAAGCGUUGACAAAUUCCGACCAGAAUCAUGCGUUGUCAUCGGUAACUACUACUCCCUGCUCUCCCAGCACGAGAAAGCUGUGCAAUACUUCCGCCGGGCCUUGGCGCUUGACAGGUCGUGCCUGUCUGCUUGGACCUUGUUGGGACACGAAUAUGUCGAGCUCAAGAACACGCAUGCUGCUAUUGAAUCUUAUCGACGAGCAGUCGAUAUCAACAGGAGGGACUACCGGGCCUGGUAUGGUCUAGGUCAAACGUACGAGAUGCUGGAGAUGUACCAAUACGCCCUAUGGUACUACAAGAAGGCCGCAGGGCUGCGGCCGUGGGACGGCAAGAUGUGGAUGGCUGUUGGCACCUGCCUGCAGAAACUGGGCCGCGAGCGAGACGGCAUAAAGGCCCUCAAGCGAGCUCUGCUGGCUGACACUUACUAUGAAUCCUCGGCCAGCAGCUUCGGCAGCGCUGCCACAGGAUUCGACCGCACGGCACUAGGCCGUCUUGACACCGAGGUUCUUGUCCAGAUCGCGUUCAUGUACGAAAGCCUAGACGAAGAAGAGGAGGCCAGGGCAUACAUGGAGCUUUGCAUUGUCCAGGAGGACGGCAACGUUGACAAUCUGGGCGAUGGUGCUGCCAAGCACAGCGAUGCUCUCUCGGACGAGGAUGAGGACGCCGACCAGCGAGAGAAGCAGAAUCAGGGGAUCGGUGUCACAAACGUAACCAGUAGGGCGAGGAUGUGGCUUGCCAGAUAUGCCAUGCGCCACGGGGAUUACGAAACGGCCAACCGCCUGGCCAACGAGCUCUGCCAAGACGGGCAAGAUGUGGAGGAGGCCAAGGCCAUUAUGCGCGAGGCACGGUCCAGGCUGGACCUUUCUUCUGGCGAUGCAGGAGGUUCUGAUGGCUAGGGGUCAUACCUUGCGUCCAUGAUUCCUGCCACAAUAAAUGCGCGGAUGUUUUUCCAAGGGAGGGAGGGCAUAAGAUGAAGAGUGAAGGCUUGGGUGCCCUUCAUGCCUUUCAGUCACUUUCUAUUGGAUGGGCCCCUUGUUGCCUCUUGAGAGCAGGGCAGAACCUUGAGCAAAGCCUGACACCGGUCCAGCUUGAGAUAGCUGGAAGACACGCGGCAUCACAUAUUGUCUUCCAGAGAGCAGUGGCCAUGAUUAGACCCCACCUCCAUGACAGCCUUUGCUUGGGGGCAAG